GAUGCUUGGAGCUUGCGAUGAUGGCUGCAUGUUCUCCAAUCCAAAAGUUUUCUAGACUGCAGUGGCGCUCAGCACUCUUCUGCCUUCAAUGUCUUUAAUUUUUUCUGCACGUUACUUGUCUCGCGCGCGUGCUGGUCACCCAUCCUUUUUUUUGCCUCGAUUUCACUCUCAGAUUCAGAAAUCGCCUCCGAAGAGCUCGACUUCCGUAAAGGCAACUCCAAAAGGCACGCCCAGUGCAGUUCCUGGGCGUCAAGGGCCACCGACGCGUCAUGAAGUCCAGGAGGGGAAUGCAGCACUAAAUGUCCCGUUCAACCCUCCUGGAGGAGGUAGCGGAGGGGGUGUAGGGGGGACGAGUAUCUUUGCAUUUACGAACAACCCAUUCUUGGAUGCAGCACUGACGACAGUGAUUGGGCUGGGCAUGGUUUUCCUUGGUGGUGUAGGGUAUUUGAAGUGGUACAAGUGGAAUGUUUUACACAAGAUCGAGAAAGCCUUUCAGCCUGGCUAUGAUCCUGCGCUUGAAGUGGCGACUUGUCAUAAUAAAAGUAGUGUAAUCGAAGGCGACGGUGGUCGAUUGGACGACCUUGACAUAAAUCCGGACAUACCUUGGACACAACAUCUCCGACGGAAAGAACAGGACUGGAUAGACAAGAUCGUCCAGGGAGCAGAGCCCGGACAUUACUUUGUACUUCUCGGGCCAAAGGGGUCGGGAAAGGGCACUAUGAUUUUCGACUCAAUGACUGCCAUCCAGGCUGAUGGUGUCGCUAUGUGUGAUGCCCACCCCGACCUAGAGGUCUUCCGUCUUCGUUUGGGCAAGGCGUUAAACUACGAAUACAAUGAAGAUUCACAAACUGGCUUAUUCCAGAGACGUGAUCCUCGUGAAGGUGGACCUGCGCUUGACAUCGAGAGAGCUCUGAAUAAGCUGGAGAAAGUGGCACUCAAAGUAGCGGGCGAGAAGGGCCGACCCUUGGUCCUGAUAAUCAACAAUGUACACUACCUCAAAAACGACGACGACGGGCGGAACGUUUUACUUCAGCUGCAACAAAAGGCCGAGUCUUGGGCUGCCAGUGGAAUCUUGACGCUUGUAUUUAGCACUGACGAUUUCUGGCCGUUCUAUGUCAUGCGUAAAAAUGCCAGUAGAAUGCACGUACUGUCAAUCUAUGACCUCAACAUGAAGGAGGCGCUGCAUGCUUGUACCCGCAUGAGAAUAGACCUAGGUCAGAAGGUGAAAAGCCAAGUCGUUCGAGACGCUGUGUCAAUCGUUGGAGGCCGUCUUUCCUACCUAAACAAGAUCUCAAAAUCUAAAGAUAUGCUGAGCAUGGCGAACCAACUUCUCUCAAUUGAGAAGGCUUGGUUGUUGAGUCAAAUAGGUCUGAUAACCGAUUGUGACGAUGAUGUUAUGGACGAGCAAAAAUGGAGUUCAUGCUCUUGGUUGCUGUUACAAGAAUUUGUCAAGCUCAGGCAAGAACAGGAACGAGAACUGCAAAGAGCCCUUGAAGCAGGUACUUCCGAUUUACAAUCAGACGCAGAGCUGCCCCUGCCUAUAAUUCCUUACUGGAAAUGCCGGCAAAUCAUGACCAGAGCAGACUUCUUGGAAGACCUAGACCGAAAGAACAUCAUUGCUAUUGAUGUCAACCAUGACGUCCGACCUGACUCGAUGCUCAUUUUACACGCCGCGAGGCAAAUCGUGGAGCAAGAAGAAUUCGAAGACACACUCAGCAAUGUUCGCGACCGGAUUGAUGAAAUUGAAAGUCUUCACCGUACGAGAGAGUUGACUUUCAAGGAUCUUGACAAAGGGGACAAGAUUAAUCUUACAGUGGAUCAAACGGGGGAAAUAGAACGUAAUGUAUAGCAGCAGUCGUCUUUUAGAUCCUUAUUUUAUAGGAACCUUUCGCCCCAUUGUCCUUUCUUGGAUAUUUCAUGUCGUCCGUCAACAUGCUCGUUACUACAGGCGAUCUGGUGCAAAACCUCUGGUGGCGAAUCUGUAUCAAUGCCUUUCACUGGUCACCGUGGAGUCCUUGGGGUUGGGAACCACUGGUAUUAACUCGUCGUAGCUACCAACAAGCAUGCCUUUCGAAGCUCAAAGGCAUCAAAGUGUAUCAUAAGCUGUAGAACGGGAAUCAGGGACGACAUGAUUUCAUUCAGCGAAAACGAGUACCGAUGCCUAGCAAUACAUACAUCAAAAUCACGGCACCCCCUUCAACGUC